UGUGUGUGUCUGUCAGUGUUGUGUGGGUGUCUGUGAGCCGCUGCUGUCCUAAUCGCGCAUGAGGGCGGGGCUAAACUCACUCCAGACGCGGCUCAUUGGUCACAAGGCCGUGAUGGACAGGCCGAGGGAAUUGGCCCUGCUGCUGCUCUUCCUGGGUCACGUGAUCACGGCGCUGGAGGUUCCUCUGGACCCUAAACUUCUGGAAGAACUGCCGCAGCCCCCCACAAUCACCCAUCAGUCGCCGAAGGACUACAUCAUAGAUCCACGCGAGAACAUCGUCAUCCACUGCGAGGCCAAAGGGAAACCGCAUCCCAGCUUCUCGUGGACCAGGAACGGGACGCAUUUUGACAUGGAUAAGGAUCCUAAAGUCCUGAUGAAGCCUCAUUCAGGGACGCUGGUGAUGGACAUCAGCGGAGGAGAGCGGGCUGAGGCAUACGAGGGCGUCUAUCAGUGCUCCGCUCACAACGAGCUCGGCACCGCCGUCUCCAACAGCAUCGUCCUCCGCCAGUCCAGAUCUCCUCUGUGGUCUAAAGAGAGAGUCAGUCCAAUCAUUGCACAGAAAGGACAGUCUUUAAUUCUGCACUGCCGCCCCCCUGCCGGCCUCCCGCCGCCCAUCAUAUUCUGGAUGGACAACAAUUUCCAGCGUCUGCCGCAGAGCCGGCGCGUGUCUCAGGCUCUGAACGGAGAUCUCUACUUCUCCAACGUUCAGCCGGAGGACUCCAGGAGCAACUACAUCUGCUACGCUCGCUUCCCGCACACGCAGACCAUCCAGCAGAAGCAGCCCAUCAGCGUCCGUGUGCUCGACAUGGAUUCACUCAAUGACACAAUGGCAGAUUAUUUCAAUGACACUGAUUUGUUUAGUGAUAAACCCGUGGAUGAGCGAGCGCCCGUCUUCAUGGUCCCCAGCGAGUCCGUCAGCUUUAAAAUGGUUCUGAGAGGAGAGAUUCUGGAGAUGGAGUGCAUCGCCGACGGCCUUCCCACUCCUGCGAUCUCAUGGGUUAAACACAACAGUGAGAUUCCCAGCGGACGAGCGUCCUUCCUGAGCUUCGAUAAGACACUGCGGAUCACGGAUGUGUCGGAGGCGGAUGCUGGAGAAUAUCGCUGCAUCGCCAAUAAUCGCCACGGCUCUGUUCACCACACCAUCAGAGUCACGGUUAACGCGGCUCCGUACUGGAUCAGCGCUCCCAGGAAUCUGGUUCUGGCUCCGAAGGAGAUGGGCAUCAUCAUGUGCCGGGCCGCAGGACACCCCAAACCCAGCAUCCGCUGGCUCAUGAACGGACUCCCGAUCGAGAACGCUCCCAAAGACCCCAGCAGGAGUGUGGAAGGAGACACCCUCAUAUUCUCCGAGGUCCAGACGGGCUCCAGCGCCGUUUACCAGUGUAACGCCUCCAACCAAUACGGAUACUUACUGUCCAACGCAUUCGUCAGCGUACUGGCGGAGCCGCCCAGAGUCCUGACGCCGCCUAAUAUAGUCUAUCAGGUCAUUAUGAACAAACCCAUGCUGCUGGAGUGUGUGACGUUCGGCUCGCCCGUCCCGACCAUCACAUGGUUUAAGGACAGCCGCUCCAGCAUGUUGGAGGGAAAUGCUUAUGUCUUCCAUGAGAACGGAACAUUGGAGAUCCACAUGUCUCAGCCCUCAAACAGCGGGAAAUACACCUGUGUGGCCAGGAAUAACCUUGGCAUCUCGGAGAACCACGUCUACCUGGAGGUCAAAGAGCCCACGAGGAUCCUGAGGCCGCCGGAGUACCGGGAGGUCCAGAGGAACCGGGACGUGGUGUUCGAGUGUAAAGCCAAGCACGACCCGUCCCUCGUGCCCACCAUGACCUGGCUGAAGGAUGAUGGAGAGCUGCCUGAUGAUGAGAGGUUUAGAGUGGACUCGGACAGUCUGACUAUCACAGAUGUCACAGAGAGUGACGCGGGGAUGUACACAUGUAUCAUGAACACCACACUGGACCAGGACUCGGCCAGCGCUCAGCUCACGGUGGUCGAGGCCCCGCCCACUCCCGCGGUGAUCUACGAGCAGCCGGGAGCACCGACCGAUCUGGAGCUAACGGAUCCGGGAGCGAGAAGCAUUCAGCUCACCUGGACACCUGGAGAGGAACACAACAGCCCUAUCAAGAAGUUCCUGAUCCAGUAUGAGGACGCUCUCCACCAGAGCGGCGUGUGGCACAAUCUGACGGAGGUUCCUGGAACCAAGACCACGGCUCAUCUGAAGCUCUCUCCGUACGUCCACUACAGCUUCAGAGUGCUGGCGCUCAAUGACGUGGGCUUCAGCCGUCCCAGCAUGCCCUCGCACCAGUACAGGACCAGCCCCGCAGCUCCUGACGAGAACCCCACUGAGGUCAAAGGUCACGGCACCGAACACAAUAAUCUGGUCAUCACGUGGAAGGUGAGAUUCUGAUUAUUAAAGUGCCCCUAU